GUCACGCCAGGACCACACGCUGCCGCGACAAUGCCGGGUGAGAAGGUCCCGCUUUGCGCCCUACUGCUGCUCCUCGGCGCGGCGGCCGGCGCCGAGGGCGGCCAUAUCUUGGUGUGGUAUACCGAGGCCAGCCACUGGAUCAACAUGAAGCCGGUUCUGGGGGCGCUGGUGGAGCGCGGGCACCACGUGACAGUCAUGCUUCCCAGCGCUUCACUUUUCAUGAAGGCCAGCGAGAAGUCCAGCUUCCACUACCUGCCUUUCAACGUUUCCAUCUCGUUGGAGGAAAUCGAGAGCUUCAUGGAGGAUUUCCUCGCGUUCUCCAUUUACGAGAUGGACUACAUGAACUACUUUGAGAUCUACGCCAAAUUCCUGACCCUGAUGAAGCAGGAUCUGGAGUACGCAUUGAAGUAUUUAGACGGCGUGGUGAAGUCGGACAACAUCAUGAAUAAGCUGAAGGAGGGCAAGUACGAUCUGCUCCUGGCGGACCCCAUCUACGCGGGCAGCGAACUGGUCGCCGAGAUACUGGACAUCCCACUGGUCUACUCGUUGCGCUUCUCCAUGGUGUACAACUUUGAGCGCUACUGCGGCCAGAUGCCCGCCCCGCCAUCUUUCGUGCCGGCCAUCAUGAGUAAACUGACCGACAAGAUGAGCUUCUCUGAGAGAAUGUGGAACUUCCUCUUCUAUGCCUUGAAUGAUAUCAUGGUUGAAUUAACCCUUUGGUCAGGAGUGGAUAAAUACUACACGGAGUUCAAAGGCAAGCCCACCAGUGGCUGCGAAUUAAUGGGGAAGGCAGACAUCUGGCUGAUAAGAUCUUACUGGGAUUUUGACUAUCCUCGUCCUUCCAUGCCCAACUUCAAGUUUGUUGGCGGGAUCCACUGCAAGCCCGCCAAACCUUUACCCAAGGACAUGGAAGAGUUUGUGCAGAGUUCAGGCGACGACGGCAUUGUAGUCUUCACUCUGGGAUCCAUGGUCAAGAACGUCAGCAGCGAGAAAGCCGACAUGAUCGCUUCAGGCCUUGCUCAAAUCCCCCAGAAGGUUCUUUGGCGUUAUAGCGGAGCAAAACCAUCUACUUUGGGCCCAAACACAAGACUGUACGACUGGAUCCCUCAGAAUGACCUGCUGGGUCAUCCCAAGACGCGAGCCUUCAUCACUCACGGCGGCACCAACGGCAUUUACGAGGCCAUCUACCACGGGGUGCCCAUGGUGGGCAUUCCCAUGUUUGCCGACCAGCCCGACAACAUGGUGCACAUGACGAGCAAAGGCGUCGCCGUCACUGUGGACUUCAACUUCAUGUCAUCGGAAGACCUCAGCCGCUCCAUCAGGACCGUCAUCGAUGACAAGUCGUACAAGGAGAACGCCAUGCGUCUGUCCGUCAUCCACCACGACCGACCCAUGAGCGCCCUGGACGAGGCCGUGUUCUGGAUCGAGUUCACCAUGCGACAUAAGGGCGCCAAGCACCUCAGGGUACAAGCCCACGAGCUCACCUGGUACCAGUACCACAGCCUGGACGUGGUUGGGUUCCUGCUCGCCGUCGUCCUGCUGGCGUUGCUCCUGUUUAUCCAGAUGUGCCGGUGUUGCCUGCGUCGGUGCUGCGGUCGGAAAAGGAAGACAAAGAAGAAGGCUGAGUAAUGGAAAUAGCAGAUUUCGGAAGAUGACUUUGUGCGUUUUAUACUCACCAGGGUGCAACAGAUGUAGGUUGUGUAACGCAAAAGCUGGGGGAAAAAAAAGUGACAAAAUAUUA